UGGUUAUGGAUAAGUGGAGGGAGAAAGGAUAGAAUUCUGACAUCUGACAAUAGAGAGAGAAACCGCCAUGGCUACUCUGCAACUAUUUGCUGAUUGUUGUUCAGCUUCAAUGGGGGUUGAAGCAAUCAGAGUAAAGGUUUCUCAUUUCCGUUUCUUCAACGUAAAUUCACUUACAUUACGCAACAACAGGUUCAUUCCGAGAGCCUCCCUUCAGGAAAUACCCCCACCUUCUUCAUCAUCUCCUAAAACUCGGAGGAAUUUCCUGACUGAAUCCGCCGCGCUCUCCAUUUCCGUCGUCGGAAUCGAUCAGAAGGUUGCAAGAGCAGAAGAUACUCUCUCCGAAUGGGAAAGGGUUUUCCUUCCUAUUGACCCUGGGGUUGUUCUUCUUGACAUUGCAUUCGUCCCAGAUGACCCAAAUCACGGGUUUCUUCUUGGAACACGGCAGACCAUUUUAGAGACGAAAGAUAGAGGAAACAGUUGGUUUCCACGUUCUAUAGCUUCUGCUGAAGAAGAAGACUUCAAUUAUAGGUUUAAUUCUAUUAGUUUCAAAGGAAAGGAAGGAUGGAUUGUUGGAAAACCUGCAAUCUUGUUGUAUACUUCUGAUGCUGGUGAGACCUGGCAAAGGGUACCCUUAAGUUCUCAACUUCCUGGUGAUUUGGUAUAUAUACAGGCAACUGGUGAUAAGGGUGCUGAAAUGGUUACUGAUGAAGGUGCUAUUUAUGUUACUUCAAAUGGGGGCUAUAAUUGGAAGGCCUCUGUGCAGGAGACUGUCUCAGCUACUCUUAAUAGAACAGUUUCUAGUGGGAUUAGUGGUGCCAGUUAUUAUACGGGAACUUUCAAUACUGUUAAUCGUUCUCCUGAUGGUCGGUAUGUUGCUGUAUCGAGCCGUGGGAAUUUCUAUCUGACUUGGGAGCCAGGGCAGCCAUACUGGCAACCACAUAACAGGGCAGUUGCGAGAAGAAUUCAGAAUAUGGGAUGGAGAGCUGAUGGAGGUCUUUGGCUUCUCGUACGUGGUGGGGGUCUUUAUCUAAGCAAAGGAUCAGGGUUAACCGAGGACUUUGAAGAAAUUCAAGUACAAAGUCGUGGUUUUGGAAUUCUUGAUGUUGGCUAUCGUUCCAAGGAUGAAGCUUGGGCAGCUGGGGGAAGUGGGAUUUUGUUGAGAACCACGAAUGGAGGCAAAUCUUGGAUUCGUGACAAGGCGGCAGACAAUAUUGCAGCCAAUCUCUACUCUGUAAAGUUCAUCGAUGAGAGAAAGGGAUUUGUGUUGGGAAAUGAUGGUGUUUUGCUUCGCUAUUUGGGAUGAUAAAUAUUGAUUGAUUGGUUGAUUCUUCCUCAGUCUGCUAAUAUGGUGAGAGCAUCAUACAUAUAAAUAUAUAUAUAAAGAUCUUGUUUCUGUUGUUUUUGUAUGUUAUGAAGAUGAUGAUGAUGAACUCCAAACAGUAUGUGUUGCUUAUCAUCUUGACAAUGAUGGACUUAUGAGUAAUUAAACGGCAAUUCCUCCUCUAACUACUCAUGAGGAUUCAUCAUUUUCUUUUCCAAGCUUUUUUCAUAGAAAUUAUGAAUAUAUGACUUUUUACUCGAAAAUUAUUCAAUAAUAAUGUCAUCCAAUUUGUUACUUUUCAAAUUGAUUAUAUGAGUUUUGGCAUACUUUUAUGUUUUGGUUACAGCU